GCAGCGCUGGUAGGGACUGUCGGCGGGGACGACAAGGGUAGACGGCCGGCGUGGUGCGAUCCCCGCUGUGGCAGACUUCUCUCUCGCUCCUCGCUUGAUGCACCCUCGUACUUCAGCAGCCAGAUGAAGCUGACCGAACACACCUGCGCUCUGUCUCCUGCCCAUCAACCGCCCCUGCUGCCUGGCGGUGCGCCGGCACAGCAGCCCACGAGUGCGGUGCCACGAGAGGACAUGAGUGAUGCCAGUCGCUCGUGCUACUUCUUAGAGGUGCAAAAAGCGCAGCACGCUCGCGACAUUCGGACACCGCUAGUGGACGCCGCACUGACACCCUACGAAGCGAAAAAAGCGCAGCGGAGGGCGUAUCAUCACCAGCAGGCCGUACUGCGCCACGAGCGAACGAUUCCACGUCGGCGCGCCGUCGAUCCGUACGUGCAUCUCACCGGCGCGCAGGCGGAUGUGUGCUUGGUGGUGCCGAACACCUACACAGCAGACCGACUCGUAGAGCGCAACGGCGGACGAUGGGUGCUCGACAAUCCGCACCGCCAGCAGUUGUACAAAGGUGAGCCGAUCAUGACGCGCAUCAUGCAUGGCGAGUUCUACAGCGAGGGUGCGGCGCGCCGCGCUGCAGGAGUGCCGCGCCAUUACGUUUUGGCCAAAAACCGCCGCGAUGUGCGAGUGACGAGUGAGAUAAACCGUGCAGAGCGGCAGCGGCGUCAGUCACCCUCGCGCCACUGCGUCUGCUCCAAGUAG